GCCAGUUUGACAGCACUGCCAUUUUAUCGAAUCGAGUGAAAGUAAGCUGUGCGAGACAAAAACGUUUUAUUUCAGUCGAAUUCGAACAUUUUAUCGUUAAUUUUCCGUUUGUCCAUCGAACGCAGGGCCCCGUCGAGGCGAGGAAUAAUCACGGAGUCGCAAAGAUGGCUGCGAGCUGUUGCGGUACGAAGAAACAAAAGCUGAACAACCCGUCGGAGGCGCCGUCCGCGUGCAAGGCCCCCUCGAUCCUGUCCAACGGCUUCGUCGCCGAGGACCCCAGCCCGGUGGCCUUGCCCGACAUGUGCUUCUUCUGCUUCGACGUGCUGUACUGCCAUUUGCACAACUUGGCCCCGCCGAAGAAUCCCACCUUCAGCGACGAGGCUUAUCCCUUAUUCGUUACUUGGAAAAUAGGCAAAGACAAGCGACUGCGCGGCUGCAUCGGCACCUUCAACGCGCUCAACCUGCAAUCGGGGCUGCGCGAGUACGCCAUCACCAGCGCCCUCAAGGACACCCGCUUCAGCCCCAUCACCAGGGACGAGUUCCCGAAGUUGAGCGUCUCCGUGUCGAUACUCAGGCACUUCGAGGACGGCGACGACUACUUGGAUUGGACCGUCGGCGUGCACGGGAUUCGCAUCGAGUUCGUCAACGAGAAGGGCAACAAGAGGACGGCCACCUAUUUGCCCGAAGUCGCCUCCGAACAGGGAUGGGACCAAUUGCAAACGAUCGACUCGCUGUUGCGCAAGGGCGGCUACAAAUCGCCCAUAUCGGGCGACGUGCGGCGCUCGAUCAAACUCACCCGUUACCAAAGCGAAAAGAUCACGGUGAGCUAUCAGGAGUACGUCAACCACUACAGCAACCCCCGUUGCUAGCAGUUAAUGUGGGGGUGUCCGGCGACGGUGGCGCCCCCACAGUUCGUCGUGCGGCAGCGAUCGAACUAUCCGAGUUCGACGGGCGAUUACGUUGUCGGAGGUGGCGUCGCGACGUCGCCGGUUUGGUGGGACGGGGGCGUCGCGACGCGCGCCCUUCAAUUGCCGGUGUUUCGUUCGGUGUACGAGUGACACGUUUUGUUUGGUUGAUCGCAUUUGAUGGUUCAUUCGCCGCGUUGUUUCCGAAUAUGUGGAAGAAAGUGGAGUUUUGAAUGUGGUGUAAAUAUCUGUGUGUAUACAGUUAAGUGCAAAUUUGUACACAACGGUCCGAAUUCAGCGCCCUCUUUAAUAUUAAACAAGCAUUUAGAGAGUCUCUUUCACGUAAACAAUGUCCUUAGUUACUCCAUAACAACCA